UUUGGUCUUCUCUCUUAUCUUGCUCUUUUGGGUAACCCAACCUCUUAAUCCAUCGACUCCCACCACCAAACGUCCGCUGAUUCUAAGGCCCAACCCACCCGAUCCGACCUUCUCAGGAGCCUUCACUUCACACUCCAGCUCAAAGAACCCCACCUUCCCCCAGAAAGAAGAAAGCUCUUCCUUUCCUGCUCCCUUGGGAUUGGAUCUCUUCACUACUAAUACGAAUCUAGCGGUCAGGACCUGCGGUCAAUCUCGGCGAGUAACGAAAGGAUCGAUUUUGGUUGAGCUCAGAGAUUUUGUGAACACACCAAGAAUAGCUCCAUUUCACCGAAGUUCAACUUCAUUUCUGUUUUCCACGUCCAAGCGGUCGGGGAAAUCAAUUUCCAUUUGGGUUUUUAUAACUGCUGCUGGAAUAUCAUUUUGCUUUUCUCUGCGGUCGGUGAUUGGUUUACGGGUGUGACAAUCAUUUUCCAGAAGAUGUUGUAGAAGCUGGAUUAGCUGGGCUGAAGGAUAAGAAUGGGCAAGAUGAUUAACAAGCCGCUGGUCCUGACAUACCUUUACCUAUUAAUUUACAUUUUGCUUUCAUCUGGAGUUAUACUUUACAACAAGUGGGUACUUUCUCCCAAGUACUUCAAUUUCCCAUUUCCAAUUACACUUACCAUGAUUCAUAUGGGAUUUUCUGGAGCAGUAGCCUUUCUUCUUAUUCGUGUUUUCAAGGUUGUAGCUCCAGUUAAGAUGACCUUUGAAAUAUACGCAACGUGUGUCAUACCAAUAAGUGCAUUCUUUGCUUCAAGCCUCUGGUUUGGCAACACUGCCUACUUGCACAUUUCUGUGGCCUUCAUCCAGAUGCUGAAAGCUCUAAUGCCAGUGGCAACCUUUGUCACCGCAGUUAUGUGUGGCACUGAUAAAUUAAGGUGUGAUGUGUUCUCAAACAUGCUGGUGGUGAGCAUCGGGGUUGUGAUUUCCUCGUAUGGGGAAAUCCAUUUCAAUAUUGUUGGUACAGCUUACCAGGUCACAGGAAUCUUUGCUGAGGCUCUUAGGCUGGUUUUGACCCAAGUCCUACUGCAAAAGAAGGGCUUAACUCUAAACCCAAUCACUAGCCUGUAUUAUAUUGCUCCAUGCAGUUUCGUGUUUCUGUUUGUGCCUUGGUAUUUACUCGAGAUGCAAGAGAUGGAAGUUUCACAGAUCCAGUUCAACUUUUGGAUCUUUUUCUCUAAUGCUAUCUGUGCUUUGGCUCUCAACUUUUCCAUUUUCCUGGUUAUCGGUCGAACCGGUGCGGUUACCAUUCGCGUAGCUGGUGUAUUGAAAGAUUGGAUAUUGAUAGCACUUUCCACUGUUAUAUUUCCUGAGUCGACAAUAACUGGGCUCAAUAUAAUAGGCUAUGCAAUAGCUCUUUGUGGUGUUGUUAUGUAUAAUUACAUUAAAAUUAAAGAUGUCCGUGCGUCGCAAACUCCAUCAGAGAGUAUUCCAGAAAGAAUUACAAAGGAGUGGAAGCUCGAGAAGAAGUCAUCUGACCCUUUUCUGCCUAGCAAGGGUAGUGACAACAAUGGUGGAAGGAAUGGAGGGAAUAGUCCCACCGCCGACUCUAGUGUCGAUGAAGAAGCGCCUCUUAUCCAGUCAUCAAGAUUUUAUUACACAGGACGGACGCAAUUUAACAGCCAUUCUAAAUGAGUCGGCAUACUCAUGAUUAAAGAACUUUAUAUUCAUCCUAAGAAACAAGAGAAGAUCUUGAUGCGUCAAGAGUCAAGAGGCAUCCCACAUCAGGCUUCCAACGAAAAGAGCGUUCUUUCAGAAACCACUGCAGAAGGCUGGUGCAUCAAUUCCAAUUGCAGAUGGGACCCAUCAAGGAGUCGUGACGCAUAGGAGCCCAGGAACUGCAGUUGUGUGUCAAUGAUAGGCUGACCAUAUUUCGUCCCUGCCCUCCCUCGACUCAGUUGGGCUCAUGUUCCUUUGUUAAAGCUGAUUACAUCUUGUAGUUUCGAUUCCAGAUUAUAUUGAACCUGUGGUUCUUCGGCAAUGCCAAGUUAUUUCAAUGUGAUAGCCAAA